AUGUCUCUACCUGCGAAACCUGUCGAUCCCAACAAUCACGACUUUGAGUUUGCUCAGAGUGGUCUGGUGGCAACUUUGAGCAAUCCUCAAAUCUUGUCGGACUUGAGUGGCGAUGUUGUCUGGGAUGCUGAUGCGUAUCAGUUUAUGUCGGAAGAGUGUCCUCCCACCGCAAAUGAGCUGCUAUGGCGACAAGGUCAACUCUGCAGCGUCACAGCAGGCCUUUAUCAGGUGACCAGCGGCAUCUAUCAAGUACGUGGCCUUGACCUCGCCAACAUGAGCAUUGUCCAGAUCCCAAAGACGAACAAGAUUAUCAUCGUCGACUGCUUGACCUCUGUUGAAACAGCUCGAGCAGCCAUUGAACUCUACCAAGUCUAUCACAACAGUCAGUUCCAGCAAAACCCUGAAAUUGAGGCACUACUCUACACCCAUUGUCAUGUGGACCAUUUCGGUGGUGCGCAGGCCAUCGUAGAUAUAGCUGGUCCGGACCUCCAAAUCAUCGGCCCAGAAGGCUUUCUCGAACAUGCCGUCAGUGAGAAUGUGUACGCCGGAGCUGCCAUGUCUCGAAGAUCCAUCUACAUGUAUGGAGAAGGAUUGCUCAAGUCUGCAGACGGUCAAAUCGGUUGCGGCCUGGGGCAGGUGCCAUCAACGGGACAGAGUUCCUUGGUGGCCCCGAAACAGAGCAUCACAAGUGAUGGCGUUCUCAAGCCUGGGAUUGAAGGGCUAGAGAUCAUUUGCCAACUGACCCCCGGGACAGAGAACCCUGCCGAAGUAAACUUUUUCUUUCGAGACUAUAACGCUCUCUGCAUGGCUGAAAAUGCAACACACGCCCUGCACAAUAUCCAAACGCUACGCGGAGCGCCAGUUCGCGACGCGAGACUUUGGUCUCGAUACCUCGAUGAGUCCAUCACUCUUUUCGGAGACAUGACCGAUGUGGUAUUCUCCAGCCACCAUUGGCCAACCUGGAAGUCUGCAGGCGAGAACAGUGAUGCUACAAAUGGCAAAGCUGACGACUCGCAGAACUUGGUCUUGACCUUCUUGUCAGAGCAGCGUGACUACUACGCGUACCUUCACAAUGAAACACUACGUCAACUGAACAAUGGUAGCACUCCUGUGGAAAUUGCCGAGCAGAUUAAGACGCCGCCUGCUCUGAGCGCGCGAACGAACCCGCAGGGUUACUAUGGUUCAGUCAGUCACAACGUCAAAGGAAUUUAUGACAAGUAUAUGGGCUGGUUUGACGGCAACCCUGCGAACUUAUGGAGACUCCAGCCUACCGAUGAAGCAACUGAGUACGUCAAAUGCAUGGGCGGCAGCAAGCUGUCCUUGACAAAGCCAAGGAGUACCAGAACAAUGGAAACCUACGAUUUGCCGCUACUCUCUUGGAUAAAUGCAUUUUUGCCGAUCCCAGCAAUGUGA